GUAUACGACACUGACAGUAAGAAAGCCAUCGCCAUCUGCGCGCAUUCAACAUAGCCUACAUUUACGUUUGUAUUACUUCUUAAAAUAACUUUUUGGGGCUCUCAUAAGCUUAUAAUUAUGUUUUGAUUCUUGCUUGAACAGUCGCUAAGAUCAUUUGGUUGUGAUAGUUGCAAAAUAGCUAUUUUGGAUGCAGCAGUUGUUAGCUAGAAUGCUAACGCUCAUUGAUAUUGGCUAUAGCAAAAGCCAUUUUACUGGUUGAAGGUGAAGUGUUUUUUAAAAGUAUAAUGCAGGUGAUUUGCGAUGACACAAGCGUUAUUAUUAAGCAGGACAUUCAUAAAAGGUUUAAAAUCCAAUUAUAAUCCAAAAGUAGUAUGAAAUGCACUCAUAAGCAACAUGUAAAUAUAGGCUUUUUCCCCCAUGUUCUAUAAGAACUUCCCCUUGAUCUGCCACUACCUUUCGCGUAUCGCCAUCGCGAGGCAAUGUUUGCAAAACACAAGAAACCUGUCCAUAGACACCUUUCCAGUGACAUCAUAUCAUACUAUCCUCUCUCAGCCAGCGCUCCAACCAGCAGCCGAGGAUUGGCCAAUGGCCAGAUAGCGUGAGCUCUGCUCACCGAUAUGCUGUUCCUGAUUGGACGGUUCAGAUACAGAGAGGGCGGGACACCAAACCUGCGAACCCGAAGUUCCUACCUAUCUCAUUAUCAUAUAAUAUUUAGCAUCCUCUGAAACCAUCUGAAAUGUCUGUUGGAAUAAUUGUAAUGGUUUUGAUUACUUUUCUUUUUGAUUAACGGAUAUAUUUGAAAUAUUACUAGGCCUACGAUCUGCUAAAGCAACUGAAAUAGGAUGCUCAAUUGUCUACGCCAAUAGAUGGAAUAUUUGCUAUUUUUGAAAUAACUGUUCAACUGUGAUAAUAUUUUAUUGCGUACUUUAUUCUAUUCCAUGAUCUCGGCGACUUUUUGUUUUUGCAAUUUAGUUUCAGGUUAUAGGUUAGGAAACAUUCUGAGCAGUGGUAAUUUAUUGAAUGAGUUAGCCUAUUCAUUUCAAGUAGCCUAGUUUAAUAAUAUAAUAAAUAUGUGGACUUUUCUUGGAAUUGCAAGUUUCACCUACAUUUAUAAGAAAUGCGACGCAGUUUUGGAGUAUGCUCACAAAGAGAUCAUCCUGGCGGCUGUAGUGUUCUUGGCAGUGGGGAUGCUGCUAUCCUAUGUCAGGUACCACGGACAUACAUGCAAGGUACCCCAAAUUCUACAAUUACCGCUGGAACUUGUAUUAUCCCUACCGGUCAUCAAUACAUUUAUACCGAAACCCUCAGCUGUCAGGCACAGGAGUGGAGAGAGCGCGUCAAAGAAGGGAGGUGGCAGGAGGAAAAGAGUGUGUUCCUCAGGCAUGGAGAGCCCCCCAGCAACAGGGGACUCUCCUGCAUCUCAGGAGCCGGAUGUGAUCAUAGUAGGGGCGGGAGUCCUGGGGUCGGCCAUGGCUGUAGUGCUGGCCCGGGACGGCCGGAGGGUCACUGUGAUAGAGAGGGACCUGAAGGAGCCUGAUAGGAUAGUGGGAGAGCUGCUGCAGCCUGGUGGAUACAGAGCCCUGCGAGAACUGGGAAUGGAGGAUUCAGUGGAGGGGCUGGAUGCCCACGUGGUGAACGGCUAUGUGAUUCAUGACAUCGAGAGCAGCACAGAGGUGGAGAUCCCAUAUCCCCAGGCAGACAGCAGUAUCCAGUGUGGCAGGGCCUUUCACCACGGACGCUUUAUCAUGGGCCUGCGCAGAGCCGCCCUUGCUGAGCCAAAUGUUACGCUCAUAGAAGGCACCGUGUCCAGCCUGGAGGAAGAGGAUGGCUGUGUGACAGGAGUGCAGUACAGGGACAAGGAGACAGGAGACACAAAGGAGGUCCAUGCAGCAGUAACUGUAGUAGCUGACGGCUGUUUCUCAAAGUUCAGGAAGAGCCUGGUAGCUGGGAAGGCCCAGACCUCCUCUCACUUUGUUGGAUGUAUCAUGAAGAACUCUCCCCAGUUCAAGCCCCACCAUGCCGAGCUGGUCCUGGCUAACCCCAGCCCUGUCCUCAUCUACCAGAUCUCCUCCUCAGACACCAGGGUGCUGGUGGACAUCAGGGGAGAGAUGCCCAGGAACCUCACCGAGUACAUGGCUGAGAAAAUUUACCCACAACUACCAGAACACCUACAGGAGCCGUUCAUGGUGGCUCUGCAGAAUGACCGGCUGAGGUCUAUGCCAGCAAGCUUCCUGCCUCCGUCCCCAGUCAACAAGCCAGGUGUGCUCCUGCUGGGUGACGCCUACAACAUGAGACACCCUCUGACCGGAGGAGGGAUGAGUGUGGCCCUCAACGACGUCCUGAUCUGGAGGAGCCUGAUGAAGAACAUGCCUGACCUGUACGACAACACAGCCAUGCUCCAGGCAAAGAAAAAAUUCCACUGGGAACGCAAGUCAUCACAUUCCUUUGUGGUGAAUGUGUUGGCUCAAGCCCUGUACGAGUUGUUUGCUGCAACAGACAAUUCUCUCCACCAGCUGAGAAAGGCAUGCUUCCUUUACUUCAAGCUGGGUGGGGAGUGUGUCAACGGUCCCAUUGGUCUUCUCUCAGUGUUGACGCCCCAUCCGAUGACUCUGAUUGGACACUUCUUUGCCGUGGCCUUGUACGCCAUCUACUACAACUUCAAGUCUGAGUCGUGGUUCACCAAACCCCGAGCCUUAUUCACAAGUGGAGCUAUCCUGUACCGCGCCUGUACCGUCAUGUUUCCCCUCAUCUACUCUGAGUUCAAGUACCUGGUGUACUGAGUAUUGAUCUAAUCUGAGCCCUAACCCAGUGGAACCCACACCAGCCUUAGACAACAGGGUCGUAUUCAUUAGUGCACAAACGUAGCAAAACAUUUUGCAAUGGAAUACGAAGAUGUUCAGGUUUGCCCCUAUCCUCUUUCUGCCUGUUUUCUUCCAAUUAGUUUCUUGUGAAUACAUUUACUGAGCAGUGCCAUCACUGACCCCUGGUGGAGAACACACACACACACCACCAGCCUUAUGGUGACAUGACAUACAAACAGUACAGUGACCUAAAGAUACACUAAGAAAGUGUAGUUAACUACACUAAGAAAGUGUAGUUAACUACACUAAGAAAGUGUAGUUAACUACACUAAGAAAGUGUAGUUAACUACACUAAGAAAGUGUAGUUAACUACACUAAGAAAGUGUAGUUAACUACACUAAGAAAGUGUAGUUAACUACACUAAGAAAGUGUAGUUAACUACACUAAGAAAGUGUAGUUAACUACACUAAGAAAGUGUAGUUAACUACACUAAGAAAGUGUAGUUAACUGUUAAGUCAGCUUUAUGUAUGAUUUAUAUGAAACCACUUAGUUUUGGGCCAACAAUUAUGCUUUUUUUGUUGGGUGUGGGGAGGUAUGUCACUUUCUGUCCAAUGAUGUAAUUUCUGGACAAUGUUUCUGUCCAUUUACGCCAGGGAUCCCUUUUGUCUCAAGCACACCCCUAGAGGCAAAAGUUCUGUAUAGCCUCUUUAAUAUUACACCAUCCUAUCAUCACUGUCAACAGGGAUCUUGUACAGGUCUCUAAAGUGACCAUUAUUCAGUGCUGAAGCCUUUGACCUUGAUCAUAUGUCUUUAUCUCUGCCUAAAGGUCUGCCCAAUGAUAAGACGUCUUCUGAGGGCGAGGUCUAAAUUGGUGACAAUUAUUUAGUAAUGCCUUGUAAUAUUCAGAAUUUACAUCACAACCAUGCAUUUACGUAGUGUAACAGACAAUGUGUAAGAGGUUUGCGUUAGCAACUCUUAAUUGCAAAUAACCAGCAGGACUGACUACAGGUGUCUGUUUAACCACUUUGCUGCUAAUUGAACAUGAGGACAAAACAUGUCCUUCCUGCUUUGUGUUCUAUCUUCUCUCCAUGCCAAUGGCUCAAAAAACAGUUGGCUGUUUGUCUACCCUUAUUCCAAAGGGUAUCCUUAUUUUGUUCUGAAAAAGCAUGUUCCAUUUGCAAUUAUUUUAACUGUACAUGUACAAUCAAAUGAUGAUUGUAUUAAACUGUUUGAUUGGUUCAAGUCAGAUCACCUGUCCUUAACUUUUGCCAAGUUAUAGUUUUCCUGCCUUAAAUGGGUUUUUACACAUUGUGACAAGGGAUCCACCCCAACACAUCUCUGGUACUUGUUUAAAAAGUGAUUCUUCAGUUGUGAACACCUGCUGGAAUAAAAGCGUGACUUAAUGCCUGUCUGAGGAUUGGAGUGUCUAGAAACCACAAGUGACACACAUUCACCCUCCUGUGUGCCUGGAGGAGGGGAGGGCUGCAACACAAACAAAGAGCACAAUGAGAUAGUUGAAUGUAGCCCAGCCACAAAACAAGUCCCUGACCAAUGGUCCACUGUCCCAUCCAUCUCUUCAGCAUUUAGGGAGGAAUUCAUGACAGAAUUUUGCACUGUGUUGGUGAGAAUAUUUACUCUGAAUUGUAUUUGGUUUAAUUUCUUGUUUAAUAAAUGAGCCAUUAUGGAGUUAAAUAUC